AUGGAUCGACUACAGGAACCCGUAACAGAAUGGGACGCCAAUAAGGUGCACACUUGGCUCUCUCAAAUUGGGUAUCCGACCUACGAACUACAACUAAAAGAACAAGGCAUCACUGGCGACAUUUUAGUUCACAUGGAUCAUGAAGCUCUUAAAGACAUCGGGAUUCGUUCGGUCGGCCAGAGAGUGUCGAUAUUAAAAGCCAUUUAUAAUCUCAAACUUCAACAUAACGUACCAGUUGAAUUGUUCGAUUAUGUCCCGCCUUCUGCGGAAUUUGAAAAUGAAAUGAGUAUGGUUAAUGGAAUACCCAACAUUCGAAAACUCGAAAAUGCAUUGCAAGAAAGAGAUGCAAUGAUAGCUCAGCUAUCAAGAGAAGUAACACGACUUUCAAAUGAUUUAUCAAAACUACGAGAGGAGUUACAGCCGGUUUUUAAAUUUGUAGCAAAAGAAAACAAGCCAGACUGGCAAAAUCCUGGCAAAGUAAAAUAUAAUUCAAAUUCAUCUAAAAAUUUAUCUGUACAAGUACCAGGUAUAAAUGUUGCCCCUUAUACAAUAAGGUCUACUUCAUUUCAAAAUGAAGGACUAAGUGCGCCACCUUCUUCGCCACGAUCUCCGCGAGAAGGAGGUGGAAGUCGUGCUCUACCACAAGUUACAAUUAACGAUCAUUCGGGUGCAAUUAAAUUCAUGCAAAAUCAAAAUACUGGAAGAGAGGCGGAAACUUUCAAAGCUUUCCGUGUUUCAGUAGAAGAUCCUUGUUAUAAAGUAUUGCCGGCAGCAUUAAAAAAAUACAAAAUUACAGAUGAUUGGCGUCAAUAUGCAUUGUUUAUAUGCUACGGCAAAGAGGAGAAAUGCUUAAGUUACGAGGAAAAGCCAUUAUUAUUAUUUCAAAAAUUGAAGGAACAAGAUCUCAAACCAGUUUUUAUGCUGAAAAAUAUAAAGGAAAUUAAAUCUCCUUUUGCAACCGCUAAAGAGAUUAUAAAUUCACUUAAAGCAAGUAAAGCAAAACGAAGGACAACACUUCUUAAUAAGGAAUUACCACCUGCACCGCAUGAGGGAAAUGGAGGAGCUGGCUCUUCAUCCUCAUAUAAUAAUACAUCAAGUUUCGAUGAAUAUAUCGAAGAUGACCAAUCAGAAACGACAGUAGUGGAAGUAAAUGGAACAGCCGUGGCUAUUUAUCCAUAUAAUCCAGAAUUAGAGGAUGAACUUAAAAUUCUCGUUGGGGAUGUUUUUAAUAUAAAAAGUAAAUCGGAAGGUUGGUGUUUUGUAGAGAAAGACGGUCAAGAAGGAUGGGUUCCACAAAAUUGUUUAUUAGAGACAACGGUGAAUGGAGGUGAUAUGAUGGAUAGUGAUAGUCCACUGGUGGGCAGAGGUGUUGCGUUGGUUGAUUAUCAUAGUAGGGGUGGUGAUGAGCUUAGUAUGAAAAAAGACGAUCAUCUUCGAAUUUAUAAAAUGGAUAAUUAUUGGCUAUAUUGUGAGAUAAAUGGAGUUCGUGGAUGGGCACCAAGUUGGUAUGUGCGGAUAGAUAAACCGGUGGCUGAUGACGUAGAAAGUGAGAUUGAUCCUGCAAGUCCACGACGACAAAAUCAUAAUACUUCCAAUAACAGCAAUAAUGAAAAUAAUGGGCAGCAUUCACCUAUAAUUUCCACACCUACAAGAAUUAAUCAUGAUAGUUCAUCUGCGAGUCACUUUGAAGGAUUUUCGAUUUAA